AUGGAAUUGCUGUUGAAAUAUAAUGCAGAAUUAAAGGAUUGCGUGAAAAAUUUAUUAGCACAAUCGGCAUCGAAAAAAUUAACGAAGUCUUGUCCAACAGUCAAUGAAAACAGUAAAAGUAACUUGUUAGUACGAAAAUUGAUGAGAAUUUCUGACAAACAAAGUCAGGCCGAAUCUUGCGGGAACAGAUACGAUUGCACAGUGAAAAAGUUUGCAUCGUAUAUUUUCAUGAUUGGUGGAAGAUUGUCGUACGAAACGUUAUGCGCGAACUUGCCUCUACCAUCCCCCUCAUCUGUCAGUCGGUAUUUGUUAGAAAACGGACCAGACAUCAUUGAAGGGCAGCUUCGAUUGCAGGAAUUGAAAAAUUACUUAAUCAAGGCCGACCUGCCUCUAGUCAUAUGGGUAAGCGAAGAUGCGACGCGUAUUACUGGCACCGUGCAAUAUGACCCAAAAACUAACCAAUUAAUUGGGUUGGUAUUACCAACAGAUAAAAAUGGAAUGCCUAAGUGCAAAUCUUUCAUGGCAACGUCACCAAAAGUAAUGGAAGAAACGAUGCAAAAUAUUCCAAUUGCUUCUUUGGCGUACACAAUUAUGGCACAGCCUUUACAAAAAAAUGCGGCGUCAUUUUGUCUGUGCAUAUUUGGAACCGACAAUAAAUUCACAGCCGAACACGUGCUUAACAGAUUCCAAUUUAUUUACGAACAAUGUCAGCAAUUCGGAAUAAGAGUAUUAGGAUUUUCUUCGGAUGGUGAUCCAAGAUUGUUAAAAGCGAUGAGGAUUGAAAGCCAAAUAGGUAUUUCGAAUCUUGAUUUACUCUUUGGUAAAGAAAAUUGGACAUGGUUCAACAGUGAAUUUUGCAGUGAGUACUUUGUUUGCCAGGAUACUGUACACAUUGGUACAAAGCUAAGAAAUCGCUUCAUCAAAAACUCAAUUGUUCUGCCGAUGGGAAACAAUAUAGCGACUGUUAGUCACCUGAAACUAUUGAUACAGUCACAAUCUAAAGACAAACACCAGAUAACUUAUUCUGACUUGGACCCAAAGGAUAAAAUGAAUUUCCCUUCUGUUCAAAAAAUAUGUCAAGAAAAUGUCAGAAAAUUACUCAAUGAUACAGUACCUGGCAGCGAAGGAACAUGUCAGUAUUUGAAAAUACUACAUAACACCGUAGUUUCAUACAUCGAUUCUGAAUUAACGCCGUUGGAAAGAAUAUUUAGCAUCUGGUAUUCUGUGUUUUGUUUAAGGAUGUGGCGUGCAUGGAUUUCGGCAAAUGACAGUUACACUUUGGGCAAAAAUUUUAUAACUUCCAACUGUUACACAUGCAUUGAAAUAAAUGCUCAUACGCUUAUUGACGUCAUCAUACGCCUGAGAGAUUCGGACCAACCAGAACUCUUCCUGCCAUCUUUAUAUAGUAGUCAACCAUGUGAAAGCUUUUUCCGACAAGUCCGUUCAAUGUCAUCCACGUACUCGACUAUUGUCAACUGCAGCAUGAUGGACAUCAUUCAUCGUCUCAAUAGAAUUCAAGUACAAAAUGAAAUCAUCAUCGAAGAGUCAGAAAAUAUUAUAUUUCCAAGAUUUAGGGAGAGAAAAAGUGUAAUCAAUGUCAACACAUAUCCACUACCUUCUAAUCAAGAAAUACAGAAAACCGUUGAAGACGCGAAAUGUCGAGCUAUUGAAGAUCUCGGGAACCUUGGUAUAUUUUUCAACAAUAUCUUAUGUACACUGCCUUUUUCUGCAAAGUCUAUUCAACUAGACUCAGACGACGAAUCUGACAGCGAAGAAAUCAGCGAGGAAACGGAGAGCGCAAAUGAAGACACUAUAUCUGCAGAACUUGAACAUGAUAUGAUUACGUUGCAGUCUGUAACAGGAACUUUGGAACUCAAAAAUUACUCCACCCAAACAGUUCAACUAAAUGAAACGAGUCCAUUUGCAGUCGUGCGUGAUUCGUCGCAAGCCGAAUACGUCGUUAGAAAAUCGUCCAUUUGUUGGCUGCUUAAUAAAACCAAGCACCGUUUAAGUAGCGACAGACUUCAGAGAGUACGAGAAAUCGAACUGCCGCAUUUGUCCAAGAAGGAAUCAGCUACUAGAUCAAAUACUGUCGAAGAGAAUCCGGAAAUAAGUAUAGGGACAUGGAUGCUUUUUAGAGAAGACACUGAGGCAGAAACGAAAUACAGAGUAGGCCUUGUUCUUGGAUUCGUCUAUCUAACUGGAAAAACAGACCCACAAAGAGAAUACUCCAGAUUAAGCGCUGACGUCAAUAAUGAAAGUAUUGGCGUACUAUGUACCUGGUAUAGAUUAAUAAGUUCUAGUCUCCGUCCGGCACCAGUGGGGUCACAUGAUUACAAAUGCAUUUCUGGAUAUAUGCGAACUUUACCAACACCACAGAUAGUUGAUGGGCAUAUUUUUUAUUCGGAUUUAGUUUUGAAACUAAUCCUCGAGAUUAUUCCUACAACUUCACUCCAAGGUAAAGAUGCAAAUAUCGGAAAUUUUGUGCUGAUCGAAUUUCUCACCAAAAAAACCAAAAAAUACUACAUCGGCGUUGUUAAAAGUAUCCAAUCAAGAGACAGAGAUUGCGAGGAAGAUUAUGAAGUCAAAUUCAUGCGAAAAGUGACGAAUUCGUCGAGCUCCAUAUUCGUUUUUCCAGAUGUGGACGAUACAAGUUAUGUAACAGGAGAUCAAAUAAAGCUAAUUCUGAGCAACCCGAAAAUUGACCGAAGACGUCAUCAUGUAUUCAGUGAUUCUGAUUUGUUAGAGUACGCUGUGAUUUAAAAGUUAAUUGAAGAUCGUCUCAAUUGCUAAAAAAUAUAUAUAAUUAUGUAUCGUUAACCUCUCCAGAGUACUAUUAGCAUAAAUAUACAGAGAAUAUUAUUAUAAUAUAUAAAUUAUGGUUGCGUUGAAUUAUUCUUUACUAUAUUUAAAGGUUGAUUUGCAAAUUUUAUUAUGAAAUUUAGAGGGUAAAAGAGGUUAUAAAAAAAUAGUUGCAAUAAACUAUUUAAUGUAAUUCAAGCAAGACUUCAGGGAUGCAAUUAAUGACAGUGAGACAAAAACCAUUGUUAAUAGGUAUACUGAGAAAUACUCAUCUUACAGUAAUAUAAUGUGUAUCUAUAUAAAUAUAUAAUAGUCAUGUAAUAGUCUUGUAAUAGUUGUAUAAUUAGUAUGCAAUAGUCAUGCAAUGGUCAUGUAAUUCAUGUAAUACUAUGUGUAAUACAUAUGCAAUACGUAUGUAAUACUUGUGCACUAUCUGUGGAAUACGUGCAAUACUUAUGGGAUACUUAUGCAAUACAUGCAAUACUAUUGUAAUCCCUAUGCCAUACAUGUAAUACCAGUGUAAUAACUAUGUAAUAUGUGAAAUACAUAUGCAAUGGUGUCAUACUUGGGACAGUCA